AUGUCAUCCAGCGGUGGUGUUUCUCCCAACAUCAGCACCGUGGUCCUCAACAGUCUCGGGGAUUCCUUCUCGCCUCCUCCGUCCGCCUUCCCUCUGUCUCCAUCCUGCAGCAUUGAUGAGUCCUACAAGUACAUCUUCCUCCCCAUCUGUUACUCCUUCACCUUCCUCUUCAGUAUCUCUCUAAACUCCGUCAUCCUGUACCGAUCCUUCCGUAGGACCAAGCGCUGGAACGCCUCCCUGAUCUACAUGGUCAACCUGGCCUCUACAGACUUCAUGUACGGCCUCUCGCUGCCGUUCCUUGUGGCCAGCUAUGUGAUGCGAGAUCGUUGGAUGUUUGGAGACUUCAUGUGCCGCCUGGUCCGCUUCCUCUUCUACUUCAACCUGUACUGCUCCAUCUUCUUCCUCACCUGUAUCUCUGUGCACCGCUACCUUGGGAUCUGCCACCCCAUGAGGGUCAUCACGCUGGAGACCAAGAAGGCCGUCAAGUGCACGUGUGUGGUGGUCUGGAUCGUGGUCUUCGCUCUGACUUGUCCCAUCUUCCGUUUUGCUCAGACGGGUCAUGUAACGAGAUUCGCCAGGCUCGGCAGCAACGGCAGCAGGACAGUCAACCUUAGCCAGGAGGUUUCAUCAAUGAACUCUACCGAUGGGGGCCUUGGCGUGGUCGUAGAGGAGUACCAGAACUGCUGGGACGAUGCCAUCGACAAGGAGUUCUCUGAUUACGUACCCUACGGGAUCAUCCUCCACCUGCUGGGCUUUUUCCUGCCAUUUACCAUCAUUGCAUGGUGUUACUCUCACGUGGUUCUGACCAUAUUCAGGAGUCUCCACAUUCAGCCCUCUGGCCGAGGUUCAGGACUAGGGGGACACGAAAGGGUCUACAGAAGUUCCAGAAGCAGCCCUGGCAUCAAUGGAAGAAGAGGAAGUAAUGGCAUGUCCAGGACACGCCCCAGAGAUGACGGGAUUUCCAUCUUUCUGGGUGCCAGCUCCCCGUAUGCCAGCCGCCGCCGUAAAUCCAUCAAGACCAUCAUCACCAUCACGCUCCUCUUCGCCCUCUGCUUCUUCCCCUUCCAUGUCACCAGGACCAUCUUCCUCUUGCUCAAGGUGACCAAGAGAGUCCCGUGUCACACCAUGACUAUGGUCUCCAUGUGCUACAAGAUCACUAGGCCACUGGCGUCCUUCAACGCCUGGCUCAACGCCCUCCUGUACUUCCUGACCAAAGACAAAGGUGGCGCUCACUGCUGCCAGAUGGCCAACACCGCCAACCACCAACAAGGAGGCCUGCUGCUGCCCCUGAGGAUCAUGGGUAAAGGGAAUGAAGCCAAUGAGGGCGGGAUGGAUGAUGGAGUAGACGAGGAGGAGAAUAACGCCUUCAACAACAGUCCACCGCACACCAAAGUACGGUUUUUAGUUGAAUGA